GUUGACAUCCACCACCAAUGUCAGCUUGUCAGCUUGGAGUCAUUUAGGACGGGAAAAAAAACGAGGAAAAACUGCUGUUUGUUUCAUUUCGAAGCAGUUCUUACUCUUCCAUCUCUAUACUCUAUUUGUUUUUCUCUUUACCUUUACCAAUGCUGACUCUUUUCAUCAACUCGCAGCCUGCUAACUACAGGCAACGCAAUGUGGUAACCGAGCAAAACUUUGCUUCUCAACCCUUUUAAGAGCAAAAAUCUGAAAUGCCUCUCUUUCCUUCUCGUCAUGAUUUGGUUUUACUUGCAAGAACACCUCUACCACCACCACCACCAUCAUCAUCAUUGUCAUCAUCUUCACCAUUAUUGCACCAGCACUUCUACUACUACUACCUGUUCAUAUGAAGGAGUUAACUUCUGUUCUGACAACCUGCAAGAAACCACAUUUAAGGGACAGCUUGUUGCAUUGAAUUUGGAUAUAUGCUUCAAAAUGAAAAGUCUUCCUUCCUAUCACUUGAUGAAAAUUGGGAGGUGAUAAAACCAUUGAAAGGUACCAUGAUUCUUCCAUCGUCACAGUUAUUUGAUACUAGAACCUAUGUUUUAACGACAUCGUUAUAUCUGUGACAAAGGUAACAAAAAGAAGAAGAAAAAAACAAGGAAAAAAAGGAAAGAAACCAAUAUUUAAAUUUUAUUUUUAUUUAUUUAAUUUUUGUUUUUGUCUUUGAUGUUUCAUUGCUCUCAUUUCAACUUUAUCAUCGGAUGAUUGUUUCGUCUGUGCUGUUUGUCCUCGUUAAUGAAACGAACCUUCUGAAAAGCCUAAAAGUCAUAACCCUGUUCUUAAUUGUUAGCAAAAGUAUAAAGAGGAGAAAGCAAGCGUAAGAAGAACAAAGGUUCUAUCUUGAUGAAGUUGUAUUUAAAUUGCUGUUCUUCCUUUGUAAAUGAAAGAGAGAGAGAGAGAGAGAGAGAGAUGGUAGGAAGCUUGAAUGAUUUUCUGUAUGUUACUGGGAUUAAUAAUCCAGAUUUUGCUAAAUACAUUUGAAUAGUGUUAAUAUUUGAGACGAGAGCAUUUGUGUGUUUAUAUUGUGGUGUUUUGGUUUUGGCGAUGCUAAUGAUAUGAAAUACAAACAUGCAAAUAUUUCAUUAUAGUAAUAAUAUUAACAACAACAAUAACGAUAAGCACUUAUUAUUUUUAGAACAACUUCCAAAAAUCCUAUAAUUUCAAAAAGUGAUUCAAUAAAUCCCCCCCCCCCCACACACACACACCAUUGUCACUUAUCUACAUAGAGGAACAUGCCCAAAACCACACACACAUACACACGUUUUUAAAUGAAAUUUAAAGUUCAACUGACACAUUCUGUUCAGGUGACACUUUCUGGCAUCAACAUUGGUUUAGCCAAAUCCAAAGUAAAACAUCAUUUUAAGUGAUUAUGUAAUAUAUGGUUGACUUUUUAGUCUGUCAAAUCCACCAUAAUGUCAGAGUUGGUACCGAUAAAAUCUUUUCGGUGUGAAACAUGUGGCUCAACAUUUGCUACUGAAUACCUUAUGAAAAGACAUGCUACAAUCCAUUCUGACAAAAAGCCAUUUCAAUGUGACAUCUGCCCUCUUUCCUUCUCCCAAAACAGUGACCUUGUGAAGCACCGACGUGUCCACACAGGUGAGAAGCCCUUUAAAUGUGACGUUUGUCCAGCUGCAUUUUCACGCAACACCUCACUCAAGCAGCACAAAAUGAACCACUCUGGUGACAAACCCUUCCCAUGCCCUGUGAUGUCUUGUACAUCAGCCUUUUCCACUCAACGCCUACUCCAAAGACAUGCUAUGAUUCACUCGGGCAUCAGGCCACACCAAUGUGACCUAUGUCCUGCUGCCUUUAUCCAGCGUAGUGACCUCUCAAAACAUCGCAAGACACACACUGGAGAAAAAGACUUCCUUUGUGACCUCUGCUCUGCAGCUUUCUCCCGCCGCAGCUCACUCAAACAGCACCGCAUGUGCCACACUGGGGAAAAGCCAUAUGUCUGCCAAUUCUGUGGUUCCGGCUUCACCACACACAGCCUUCUCAAUCGGCACAGACUUCUCCAUGCUGGAGUCAAACCAUAUUCCUGUGAUUUGUGCGAUGCCGCUUUUGCACAAAACAGUGACCUUGUUAAACACGGUCGAGUCCACACUGGUGAAAGACCAUUCAAGUGUACAAGCUGUCCGGCUGCUUUUUCUCGCAGACAUUCCUUAAAGCAACACCAUGCGAUUCAUAAUGGCGAGAAACCACUCAAGUGUGAAGACUGCGGCGUAGCGUUCACAACACAAAGCCUGCUAAAGCGCCAUCGCAAAAUUCAUCUGGGAAUCAAACCAUUCAAAUGCCCACUGUGCCCUGCAGCAUUUAUACAACGAAGUGACCUGAAGAAGCACAACCAAGUACAUACUGGCAUCAAAGCUUUCCAUUGCUCUGAAUGUGGGUCAUCAUUCUCCCGGAGCAGCUCUCUAAAGGAGCACAUUACAAUUCACACUGGGAUUCGACCAUUCAAAUGCCAAGUGUGUAAUGGAGCAUUCGCAACACAGAGUCUCCUCAAAAGACAUUUUAAGAUCCACACAAAUCCGUGCCGAUCCAGCAAUCCCACCAAUAUCUGUUGUGAUGCUCUAAUAACCAAUAGUGUUCUCCAAAGCGUUGGAGCUCCACCAGGCCAGAUAUAAGAAAAAACAUACAGCUGAGUGAAGGUUCAAUUGCUGGUGAUAUGCUUCCUGUAUGUGUGAUAGAUAUACUUCAAAUUCUACAUACCAGUGUAGAUCCUCUUGGCUGUGUUAUCCAGCUGUUCCUGAAGUUUGUAAGCCAUAGUUUGAGCCAAAGCUUCUGUAUUUUCCUACUGGAGGGGAUAGCAAAACACUUUUGAAAUCUGUCCUUCUAUCCAUGUACAGUUUGCUGUCCCCUAAAGAUCUACAACAAAACAGUAUGGAUCCAUGCCAUUGUGUAUUUGCAUCAUGUUUCUCUGGUCCUUGAAACAGAACCAUUGUCCAGGGACAGAUUUAGCAGUGGGGGUGGUGUUCUUACAUUCACCAUCGUCAUCAACAGCAGAUCUUUGUAUGUUGUACACAAAAACAAUACUUUCUAAAGUUUAAAAUGUCUUAAAUGGAGUACAGCAAGGAUCCGUCCUUUCAAUCACUUGACAAAGUAUACCACACAGCAGACUCAUAUGUAGUCGAUGACACACUCACAUCCUCUCCUCAACAUUCUCCAGGCAUAGCUGUAGAACUUAAACCUCUACAUCAUUCAUCUUGAAACUUGGCUCCAAAUCAUCACUCUUGAAGGAGCACCUAUGAAGUCAACUGCUUCCACCUGUAGCCAGAGUAUCAAAUACCACCAACCAUCACAUUCACACACACUCUCUCUCUCUCUCUGAAGCAAGAUACUAAGGGUUGCAUGCAACACCUCUAUGAUAUUCAUCACACACACACACACACACACAGAAGGCAUGGUGAAGAAAGCAAAAUGAUCGACUGUCAUACUUAAGAGUGCUCUCCACUGCUACAUUCAAUCAAAACAAAACUGAUCUACAAAGAAUAUAUUAGAUUCAUCAGAUAUUAUUGCAACCUUGACUCAGCUCCAAAACUAGCUGCAAAGAACACAAAACAUCACUUAUGCAAGGAUUCGAUAUCAGAAAUGAGACACAAAUGCAUGGAUGUGUGAAAUCACCCCCAAAAUACCUUGAUGCAUCUACAACACCAUCCUAAAACCUCCAGGUACAUCCACAGCACCAAAAUACAUCUACAACACCAUAUUAAAACAACCAGGUACGUCUAAAUACCACCCAAAAGCCAGGUACAUCUACAACACCAUCCUAAAACUUUGUUGCUUCCAUAGACAAACUUAUGAACCAAAAACACAUGCACAAAAAUAUAGCUUCCACCCUCAGUGAUGUCAUCAGCCCUUAAAUGCUAUGUUGGGGUCUACACCGUCGUCUGUGAAGUGUAGAGGAACAGCAGGUGUCACACUGAUUGAGUUGACCAUGCCUACCAUUGGGAACCUAUUCUUAGCUAAAUCUUCCUCACAUCACACCUUGCUAUCUGAGAAAAGGACAUGUUGAAUAAUGUGGUACUGGAUUUUUUGCAUGUUGGAAAGUAGAGGUGAUGGGCUUAACUGGAAUGCUUUUACUCAUAGGUUUCCUGAUCAAUGAAGGCAGAGCUCGACCUAACAACAGCGGCGUUUGCUCAAAAAUAUACUGGGCAAGUGGAAGGGGAGUGAGUGCAACACAUCCCAACCUCUUCAUAUGAUUAAACCCUGCAUAUCAGAGUGGGGAGGGGCAUGGUGAUUGAUUGGAAAAACAACAGAUGGAUGACUCGUAUCUUUUGUCAUUAAAUCCAAUGCCUGUACACCAGUGUUCUUUUAUUCUUUGGAGCUUCCUUAGGGGCCACACAACAAGGAUGACUAUGGCAACAGCUACAAAGAUCUGUUUGUGAUCAAACCGUAAAUAAGUUUUGAGCUCAGCACUCACUGACUGUCGUUCCUAUCAAAUUGAAAGA